UUGGGAGCCGGAACGUCGCAGGCGCGGCGCGGGGCGCUGGAGGACCCGCGAGCGCCGCACCCGCGCUCGCAGCCGGCGGGAGGCCUGUGGCGCAGUCGGGCGCCGCGGCCAUGUUCCGCCAGGGCUUCCGCCCUCCCACGCCGCCCUACGCGUCGGCCGGGGUGCCCUGGACCGGCGGCGGGUUCCGGAGCCCGCCGCCCGGCGCGGGGGGCCCCGUGCCGCCCUCCCCGCGCGGCUACUGCAGCCCGCACCACACCCCGCCCUAUGGGCCGCGGCCGCGGCCCUACUCUCCCCGCGCCCGCUUCGGCAGCCCCUCGCCGCGCCGCCCGCACAGCGCCAGCCCCCGCUACGCUGCUCCCUACGGUGGCGGCGGCAGCGGCUCUCCGCAGCAGCAGCAGCAGUACAAGCAGUCCCCGGGGGGCUACCAGCGGCACUACCAGGGAUCACCCAGGACAUCUACUCCAUUUGAUACAGCGCAUGGCAGAGAGAAAAGAGUGUCUAAUGAUGUGGAAAACUAUUACAGACCUUCAAUGCUUGAGGACCCAUGGGCUGGCCUAGAGCCAGUUUCUGUUACAGACAUAAACCAACAAUACAGCAGUGAGCAAACAACAUAUACUGGUAAAAAAGGGAGGUAUUUCAGUUAACAUUUCUAAAAGCCAGAUAAACUCCAUCUGUCAGGAAAACUUUGGAACAAAAUCUUUACACUUAACACAAGAUGAACAGUAAUCAAGAUCUUAGUUAACGCUUUUAUUUGAUCAAAUGUCCACCCUCUUAUCCAACGUUUUUUUUACUACAUUGGAUAUUUUUAUGUGUGGGGAGGAAAAAGGAGUGGUAGGAUCAUUUACGUUUCUGGCUAUGUGGAAGUGCCUACCAGCUUUGAAGAACAAAGUGUUCUUUAAAUCACCAGCGACUGAUUUGUGACACUUAAAACAGGUUUCCAUAUAUUGACUUCUUCCAUGCCAGAGUGUUAGCCUAACUUUUAUUGUUACCUUCUUUAGGAAAUGGUAUUUUUUUAUGUUUCAACAUUUUUAGAAUGAAGUGGAAAUACAAUAACAUUUUGUAAAUCCUUGUUUUGUAAUGUAUAAAGAUUAUUUUAGGACCUUUGUUAAGGUGUACCCUUGAGUAGAAGUAGUACUAGUGAAAUCUGUAAAUAUAAUGCUUGUAUGCUGUGGUUAACCUCUGAUUUUGUGUGCAAUUUUUGUUAAUUCUAGUGUAAAACAAGUGAAUCAUCACUAUUUUAGCCAUCUCAGGAAACAAAUGUAUUGUCUUUGGAAAGUUUAAUUUGUUGAACCAGCUCUUGACUAAAACAUACUUCUGUAAUCACUGAAUUUUUUUUCUUUCUUUUUUUGUAUAUUAAAGGAGUCAUCUUUGAAAAUUAUUUGAAAACAGUGGAUCGUAGCAGAUAAUGAAUGAAUGCAAAAAUGCCUUGCUCUAAUGUUUGGAACAGUGUAGCUCUGAUGAGUCAGAAUCAUUUUGUAUGAUUGAGUAACUAAAUUUAGUAUCUAUAACACUGUUCUUAAUUUUUUAUCUUGGAUCUGAGAUCUGUCUUUGUCCCCAAAACUAGCUGCUUUACCCUUCAAUAGUAUCUCUUCCUAGAGGAUCUUUUUUCUCUUUUUUUUUUUCUUCUUUCUUGUAUCCCAGUUAGUAAUAUCUUUUGAGUUGCAUUACUUUUUUAGAGUUUGUCUUCACAUGAAGUUAUUCUCAAUAAACUCCCUGGGUAGAUACUCUUCAUUCCACAAUAAAUUGGGUAACUUUGAGUAUAGGCCCAUGAACAAGAUGUCAAAGUAAUUUAGAGUGUUAACUUACAUUGCAGUUAUGGUGCAGUUGCCAUAAAGUAGCUGAUGUACUGUAGGUUCACACUUCAGUUUACUACUUAGUAACUCGUUUUGUUCCUACACCUUUUGUGUAUGAACAAAUUCUUCAUGUGGCUUGUUACUCCUAGUAAUUCUUGAAAAGUAUCAGAGCAUGGUUAGACUUACCAGUAUUUGCUUGUUGAUCUUGGCAAUUGGAUGCUGGAUUUACAAAGCAGGUUCAUGGUAAAAUGUCUAAAAGGAAGUAUUAGAUGAAUUUUCAAAUCUCAACAUUAAAUUAAGCUUCUUGAAUGCUUCAGAAAAUGUCAUAAAAAUACUUUGAUAGUUCUACAGUUUGUGUGUUCUCUGAAUUUCUCUCCUUCCCCUCCCCCACCAUGUCAAGUAACUUAAAAAAAAGUUGUACCCAAGAAUGUCUUUAGGGCACUAUUUGGUAUAUCUUACUGUCUCGUGGUUCCCAAAGUAAAUGUGAGUUUUGCUUGAACAAGGAAUGUUAAAAGGGCCUUAAAUGUUUGAAAAAUAAAUUCUGUACUUUCUGCUUUAUAUCAAUAUAUAAUCCCUCAUUCCAGAAUCAAAACUGGUUCUCUGUUAUCUGGCAGCUAUUGGUGAUGUAUUGCUACAGACUGCACUUACGUUUAUCCGUAGUACAUACCAGCAAGACUGAGAUGACCUAAAAUAAUUUGUAGAAAGUUUUAUACAAUUAAUAAAGCAAUUAAAUGCAUCAUUAUGAAAAAGUGAAGUAUUAAGCUUCGCUUUUUUUUUUUUUACCUGACAGGUGCUGUAAAAUUCAGACAAGAAAGCUAUAGGGUGCUUUUAUUGAGUCAUCUUUCUGUUACUAUAUCCUGUGUAAUUCAUUGUAAUUUUUUUUACAAACUGUUUGGUGCUUUUGGGGAAAGAGAUCUGGGUGCAAUCUGAUGGUCUUAAGAAACUACAAAAUGGUCCCAGUUCCAGACAUGAGAAGAAACUGGGUUGGAAAGGAAAGGAUUCAUAACUUAAGAUUCUGUGAGAGGUGGGACUACUUUUACAGUAGCCCAAUAUCAGCUGCAGUGGCACUGUUAAAAGAUGCUUUACAAUUGACCCAAGGAUAAGAGCCAGCCAUCUCUUGGAACAACUCAUAACCACUUGUCUUAGACUUCAGAAGACAAAUUUUGUUCCAGAAAAAGAAUUGAGGAAACAAUCUUGAAGCAUUGACUAAUGCAGGCCUUCAGCAGUACCAUCUGUUAAGCUAUUAGUCCUGUACACUUCAGCACUUGCGAUAAAGUACAUCAAACUGCCAAAGUCUCCAGUAAUUCAGUCAAAUCAACAAGGAGUUUUUAAAUGUAGAUGUAAUAUUUCACUGAACUACUUGUACCUCACCAAAAACCUAAUGCUAAUAGUCAACCUUUUUACCUAAGGAAAAGGAUGUGCGGUUUCAGUAAACUGAUCAAAAUUAAUAUGUCAUUGUUGGAUAGGUGCGACUAAAAUGCAUGAAUACUUAUUUUGUGAUUUUAAAUGUAAAAUACUUAAAACCAAUUUUAAACUUUGCCUCAUUUCCUAUACUGUCCCAGCAGCUAGAAAAUACCUGUUUUCCCACUGAUUUUUUUUUUCUGUCUACGUGGCAAACACCUUCUCCUAAAUGCAAAUGCAUCUAAUGGAAUUAGAAUACAACACUUUCUCAUUUGUUUAUGGUAUCCAAUCAUGAUAUCUGCAUGGCUCUUGGAAUAGCAUUUGAUUAGUAUAACUACAGCUUGGGGAAGCACAAAUACAUCGUAACUUCAUGAGCUCUGCAAAAAAAGAAAAAACGUGCCUAUAUGGUGUUAAGGAGUAGACUCUUCAUAAAAAGAAGAAAACAAGAAUAUGGAGUUAAGUUCAUUCCUCAGAGGGCUACAUACAUUUUGAGGUAAGUUGAAUUGAUAAAUGAUUCCACCUACUCCAUCAGUCUUUUUUCUUCAGUGACCUUUUUCUCUUAAUUCAGUUCUUGAAAAUGUUAGGACAACACCCCAUUAGUGUACCAUAUUUUCUCACAUACAUAUGCGCCUUUCCUCCAAAAUCAGCACCCCUCCCCCCCAGAAUUGGGUGCAUGUAUUAAUCAGAAAAUCAGUUUCCCUGCUUUGUUUCUUGCUUCACGGUGCAGCAGCUGUUGCGUUACUGUUCAGGCAGCUGAGGGAUUCCAUUGAGUCAGUGGAUCAUUAUUCUUCACUCUAAAGGUGUUAACAAUCAUCUCUCCAUUUUAACGGUCUCGAUGUUCCACUAAUCAAGCUAACCUUUCUUGGUAAUUUUACUCUCUGGUAGCUGCCCCUCAUCUCUGUCUUCCUAUUUCAGCUUUAGUUAAGCAGGAAAAGGAGAGUAAUUCAGCUGAAGAAUUAGGUUCUGUCCCUGCUCUGUGUAUCCAUAACUCUGGAAAAAUCUUUAUUUUCUUCAUUCCACCUUUCAAAAACAAGGUGUUUGUUGUAUUCUGGGGUGCGUGCUAUAUAUGUGUGUGUGUGUGUGUGUGUGUGUGUGUGUGUGUGUGUGUGAAAGAAAAUAAAAUAUUUUCUUUUGAUUAGACUGAAGCAAGUCUAAUUCAAGACUUGCUUUGCAAGGUCUUCUUGUUUAAACUGAAUUGGUGUUCUCUUAUUAGAUGGAAUUAGUAGUAAAAAUCCUCAGCUAGUAUAACUUAUCAUAGUUCUACUGUGUUAAGUAAAGUAACUCUUGUGUGGUAACUUGGGUUUUUCUUUUAUGUACAUAUUUGGAGAUUAUUUUGGAACAGUUAUCUCCUGACACGUUCAAGUAAUCAGAAUUUACAAUGUUAAUUUUUUGGUUUGUUUUUUAAAUGGCAUCUUCAGAACAUCAGACAAAAUGGACAUUAAUACAUUUACUUUAAACAAAAUUAGACCAUUUGUAAAACUUAGGUAACUAAAUGUACUGAGCAUCUGAGUUAAGCAAUGAGCUUUACAACUUAACUAUUAUAGGUAAGAUGUUCAUACUGGAUACAGUUUGCAAACAGAAAGCACAUGGGCAACAGAAUAGAUUACUAUUUUGUGGCACCCACCUGAUUCUAUCUUCAUUUUCAAUAAAAGGAUUCCAUGUGGGGAAGCAAGAAAAAAUAUUUUAAAUUGGUUACUCCAGUUUUUGAGCACACUUCUAUAGAAUAUAUUCCAGGUACUCUUUUUUUUUCCCCUUCAAUUUCAUCCUAAUAAAGCAGUCUUUAAGGCUGAGAGUCUGAAAAGCUUUCUGGCCAUGUUUCUUUUGUUUAUACAUGUGACUAUUAAUUGUUUAAAGUGAGAUCAAAUGUUAAGCCUGUGUGUAAGUGUGAUCUAAGUUUGAGAGUUGUGAUAUGCAUCUGUAUUCAGACACUUUUAUUUAAAGAUAACUUGUACUUUUCCACAAUCUUUCCAGCAAAUAAACAUUAUUGGUAACAACUGG